AGUGUGCAGGUGGCCCGGGGUCAGACAGCAGUCCUGCCCUGUACUUUCACCACCAGUGCUGCCCUCAUCAACCUCAAUGUCAUUUGGAUGGUCAUUCCUCUCGCCAAUGCCAACCAACCUGAGCAGGUCAUUCUGUAUCAGGGUGGACAGAUGUUCGAUGGCGCCCCCCAGUUCCAAGGCAGGGUAGGAUUUGCAGGCACCAUGCCAGCCACCAAUGUCUCUAUCUUCAUUAACAACACUCAGCUAUCAGACACUGGCACCUACCAGUGUUUGGUUAACAACCUUCCGGAUAGAGGGGGCAGGAACAUUGGGGUCACCGGUCUCACAGUUUUAGUUCCCCCUUCUGCCCCUCAUUGCCAAAUCCAAGGAUCCCAGGAUGUCGGCAGCGAUGUCAUCCUGCUCUGCAGCUCUGAGGAAGGCAUUCCUCGACCAACUUAUCUUUGGGAGAAGUUAGACAAUACCUUCAAGCUACCUCCAACAGCCACUCAGGACCAGGUCCAAGGAACAGUCACCAUCCGGAACAUCAGCGCGCUGUCUUCAGGUUUGUACCAGUGCGUGGCUUCUAAUGCCAUAGGAACCAGCACCUGUCUUUUGGAUCUCCAGGUGAUCUCCCCCCAGCCCAGGAACAUUGGACUAAUAGCUGGAGCCGUUGGCACUGGUGCAGUUAUUGUCAUUUUUUGCAUUGCACUAAUUUUAGGGGCAUUCUUUUACUGGAGACGCAAAAAUAAAGAGGAGGAGGAAGAAGACAUUCCUAAUGAAAUAAGAGAGGAUGAUCUUCCACCUAAAUGUUCUUCUGCCAAAGCAUUUCACACCGAGAUGUCCUCCUCUGAGAACAACACAUUGACCUCCUCUAACACCUACAACAGCAGAUACUGGAGCAACAAUCCAAAAGCUCACAGAAACACAGAGUCAUUCAACCACCUCAGUGACUUGCGCCAAUCUUUCUCCCUGCACUCAGGCAAUGCCAACAUACCAUCCAUCUGUGCUAACGGGACCCACCUGCUCCCAGCUCCACAUAGGACUCUGGUAGUGACAGCCAACAGAGGCUCAUCACCGCAGGUCAUGCCCAGGAGCAAUGGCUCGGUCAGCAGGAAGCCUAGGCUGCAGCACACACACGCCCACACUGUCAGCCAAGCAACGCUGGAGCGGAUUGGCGCCGUCCCUGUUAUGGUGCCAGCCCAGAGUCGGGCCGGGUCCCUCGUAUAG